CGCUGGAUAUCAUAUGAGUAACGUGACUAUCUUACAUAUAACCACUAUGGCCAGCGGAGAUUUUAACACACGGCCGGAGGAAUAGACACAGCAAAGAUGUUCCGAUUGACCCUUCUCGUUGCUAUGGGUGCGGUUGCUAUGGCAGCUGUCAUGCCCUCAAACCCCGCCCUGGACGGGGAAUGGCAGGCGUACAUGAAGUACCAUAACAAACAGUACCUUCUCGGAGAGGAGCCAGCGAGGAGGAUGAUCUGGGAGAAGAACCUGGCCUACAUUAACCAGCACAAUCUGGAAGCUGACAGGAACGUGCACACCUUCUGGCUCGGAAUGAACGAAUAUGGUGACAUGACCAAUGAGGAAUUCGUCCGCGUCAUGAACGGUUACAAAAUGGCCAAUCGCACGUCCGGAUCUACUUUCCUUCCACCCAGCAAUGUUGCCCUUCCCGACAGCGUUGACUGGAGAAAGCAGGGUUACGUCACCGACAUCAAGAACCAGGGACAAUGCGGCUCCUGCUGGGCUUUCUCCACUACUGGUUCCCUGGAGGGCCAGACCUUCAAGAAAACCGGCAAACUUGUGUCCCUUUCUGAACAGAAUCUUGUGGACUGCUCUAAGAAACAAGGAAACAUGGGAUGCCAGGGAGGUCUUAUGGACCAAGGGUUCACCUACAUCAAGGUCAACAAUGGUAUUGAUACCGAGACCAGCUACCCAUACAAAGCAGUGGACCAGACAUGUGCGUUCAGCGCUGCCAACGUAGGCGCUACAGAUACGGGAUUUGUCGACGUCAAAUCCAAGAGUGAAUCUGAUCUCCAGUCCGCCGUCGCGACUGUUGGACCAGUGUCCGUCGCCAUUGAUGCGUCUCACUCAAGCUUCCAGCUGUACCGGUCCGGAGUCUACCACAGCUUCUUCUGUAGCCAGACAAGGUUAGACCACGGUGUUCUUGCUGUCGGAUAUGGCACCGAGAGUGGAAAGGACUACUGGCUCGUGAAGAACAGCUGGGGCAAAAGCUGGGGAAUGGAGGGCUACAUCAACAUGUCAAGAAACAGAAACAACAACUGUGGUAUCGCCACCCAGGCCAGUUACCCAACCGUGUAAUCUGAUUGGUCAACAUUUGACUUCACACACCACCUUGCUCUUGACUUUUGUUAUACUGUCUCAGGAAUAUUUUCUUUGAUAAAAAAGCGUCCUAAAAUUGCCCAGAAUGUAUUGUAGAAAUUAUUGUACUGACACUAAUGUGUAACGUAAGAAAAGAUAUCGACAAUUUAGGCAUUUGUAAUAUUUGUAUCGAAAAAGUGAUCUUGUAUUACAAAAGUUUGAAUAAAAAAGCAGAAAAUUAA